AUGUGGACAGCCAACCACACAGAGGUAAGAGUUUGUUUCCAAGGUUUCUCCAACUUCCAAGAACAUCAGCUCACACUCUUUGUGGCCUUUCUUACCCUGUAUAUUCUAACUCUGGCUGGCAAUGUCAUCAUUGUGACUGUAAUCCGCAUUGACCAUCACCUCCAUACCCCCAUGUACUUCUUUCUAAGUGUCCUCUUAUCAGACACUUUCUACUCCCUGGUCAUCAUCCCUCGCAUGCUUUCCAGCCUUGUAGGUCUGAGCCAAUCCACUUCCCUGGAGGGUUAUGGGACUCAGCUUUCCUUCCUUGGCUUUGCCAUCACCAACUGCCUCCUAUUGGCAAUAAGGGGGUAUGCUUGCUAUGCGGCCAUCUCACUUUAUUACUCGAUCAUCAUGAACUGGAGGGUCUGUGCCAGGCUGGCAUCCUCAGUCUGUGCCAUGGGGUUCUCACUCUCGCUGGUUCAGGCUGUCUUACAUUUAACUGCCAUAUAUUAUUUAAUGAAGAAAGAGAAUCACACUUUGGUGAGUGAGUUUACUUUCCAGGGUUUCUCCAGCUUCCAUGAGCACCAGCUCACUCUCUUUAUUAUGUUCUUUGCACUGUACAUGUUAACCUUGGCAGGCAGUAUCAUCAUUAUGACCAUCAUUAGCCUUGCUCAUCACCUCCACACCCCCAUGUACUUCUUCCUCAGCAUGCUGUCAGCUUCAGAGACCAUGUACACACUCAUCAUUAUACCCAAGAUGCUCUGUAACCUCACAGGCCUGAGUCAGCCCAUUUCUUUGGCAGGUUGUGCCACUCAGAUGUUCUUCAUCAUUUUGGCCAUCAACAACUGCUUCCUGCUCACAGCAAUGGGGCACGACUGCUAUGUGGCCAUUUGUAACCCCUUGAGGUACUCUGUCAUCGUGAACAAGAGGGUGUGCAUCCAGCUGGUGUGGGAGGCCUGCAGCAUUGGGCUGGUUGUAGCCAUGACACAGGUUACAUCUGCAUUCAGGUUAUCUUUCUGUGCUACAAAGUUGGCCCACUUCAUCUGUGACAUCUGACCUGUGAUGAAGCUCUCCUGCACUGACAUGACUGUCAGUGAGAUCCUGACUUUAAUCAUCAGUAUCCUGGUGAUCCUGGUUCCCAUGGGAUUGGUUUUCAUUUCCUACAUCCUCAUCAUCUCCACCACCCUUAAAAUUGCCUCUGCUAAGGGACAGAAGAAGGCCUUUGCCACAUGUGUUUCCCACCUCACUGUGGUCAUGGUCCACUAUGGCUGUGCCUCCAUUGUCUACCCCAAGCCCAAGUCAGAGAACACCAAGGAUCAGGGUCAGCUGAUCUCAGCGACCUACACCAUCAUCACCCCUCUACUGAACCCUGUGGUGUACGCUCUGAGGAACAAAGAGGUCAAGGAUGCUCUGCUCCGGGCCACUGGCAGGAAGCUUUCCGGAGAAGAUGGGCCUGUUUCACAGAAGGUCUUAGAAGAUUCUACAGAGAAGAAAAAGUAA